GGCUGACAGCGUAAGUAUGCGUGUGAGCCUGUUGCGGCUGAUUCAUCACCGGCCAGUGUGAUAUCACUACACAGCCGCGCAGGAUUCAGAUGUCGGGCCUAACUGGUGUCCUGACCGCUCCGUAUAGCCUCCCGCCCCUGCAAUAUGUUAGCGCGGCUGCCUCGUCUUGCAAGUCUUCUGAUUUGCAACGUAUUGGCAAGCUGAUAGAUAGACGGUGGACAGAGGCAUUGUCCACUCAGGUAGUUUCUCCGUGUUUCGUGUGCGAGCCGAGACUGCCGGCUGCUCAUUAUCGGUCACCCUUCUGCCCGACUUCCGGCCUCGUAUCAAUAAGACCUUGUGCUUAUGUGGUGACUAAGGGCUAGCAAAGGAACAUUGGCUGAUUUUGGAACGGUGAUCAUUGCAGCCAACAAAGCACCCCCAACGAAGGCGA